GGAAAUUUCCGUUGUCACGAGCGCCUGGGAGGCAGUCCAGUGGAGCGCUGUUCCGGCGUCUCACUGAGCGAUUCGAUCAGAUCUUGACCGAGUCACACUCGUAAUGCAGUCCAGCAUCGCGGCACGCGCUCGCGUCUCCGCUACCAGCGGGAAGUCGCUCUCGGCUAAGGUCCAGAUGCGCGGCAUGGCGGUGACGACCCGCCCCGCCGUACUUGCCAAACGCUCAGUGCGUGCUUGCGGCGCUCGCGCGUCCGCCAGCGUCUACACCGUGCAGAGGAACGAUAAUCUUUGGAACAUCGCGAACAAGUACGGCGUGAGCCUGGAUGAUCUCAAGCGUGUCAACUCCACCACGCUGGGCGGCAACUACGACGUCAUCUUUCCCGGCACUCAGCUGGUCAUCCCCGGCGGUAUGAAGAAGAGCUCGCCCGUCCCGUCGUUCGCGAGGCCGGCCUCGAGCAGCUCCUACAACAACUACUCUGCCUCGGUUGCGCCGGCUUCCAGACCGGCACCCAGGUCCUCCAGCAAAACCGGCAUCGGGCUCGUCACUGCGGGUGCGUUCUUCAUCGCGCUAGCUGUCGGCAUCAUGGUCUUCAAGGACGACGAUGGGGCCCAGGAGAGUGCGGAAGGGCGCUACGACGACCAGGGCAACUGGAUCCCCACUGGAUACGAGGGCCAGGGAUAUUACGACCCGGCGGGUAACUGGGUGUGGGUUCAGCAAGGGCCCUCAAGUAGCCAGGGCUGGGGGCAGGGAUACCAGAGCGGCUGGGAUGAGGCGCCGCAGCAGCAGCAACAGAGCGGCGGCCAGUGGAACCAGAGGUAUUGAGUUUGUAGAGUAGAAUUCCGUCGGACAGUUUGAGUUGUAAAUACUUUUAAGUGCCUUUC